CAUUUUUAUCCGCCCAAGGGAAACAAGUCAUCCGUCCGAAGCUCCGGCGACUGCUCAUCGAUCUCUUCUUCGACGUCACCGGCUAUCGGUAACUGCGCGAAUUUGGAUCUUUAUAGCAUUUGGGGAGUAGAAAUGGCGACAUUCGAGCUGUACAGGAGAUCGACGAUCGGGAUGUGCUUGACGGAGACCUUGGACGAGAUGGUUCAGAGUAGCACCCUGAGCCCCGAGCUUGCGAUUCAAGUUCUUGUCCAAUUUGACAAGUCCAUGACUGAAGCUUUGGAAAGCCAGGUGAAGACCAAGGUCUCCGUCAAGGGGCACCUUCACACUUACAGAUUCUGCGACAACGUCUGGACCUUCAUCUUACAGGAUGCGAUGUUCAAGAGCGAGGAUCAUCUGGAGAACGUAAGCCGGGUGAAAAUAGUUGCAUGCGACUCAAAGCUGUUGACACAGUGAGAUGCAUUUCAGUCUUUCUAUUUGUUGAAUAUUUCUUGUUGUUGUAUUAGAUUUCAUAAUUUCACUAUGUAAUCUCUGCAUUCAGAUACAUUGUUGAGUUCAAAUGGUUGUUUCAAAAGUCAAAAGUAAUCAAAUUUUAGCCUAUUAUUUAAAUCAAACAUCUUGAGACA